GCGCGCCAUUGGCCGCCAGACCUUGUGCCUGGCGGCCAAUGGGGGGGCGCGGUCCACGAGCGGUGCCGCGUGUCUCCUCCUCCCAUUGGCUGAAAGUUACUGUGGGAAAGAAAGUUUGGGAAGUUUCACACGAGCCGUUCGCGUGCAGUCCCAGAUAUAUAUAGAGGCCGCCAGGGCCUGGGGAUCACACAGGAUCCGGAGCUGGUGCUGAUAACAGCGGAAUCCCCCGUCUACCUCUCUCCUUGGUCCUGGAACAGCGCUACUGAUCGCCAAGUAGCCACAAAAUAUUAUAAUAAACCCUCAGCACUUGCUCAAUAGUUUUGUGAAAGUCUCAAGUAACAGAGACAUUAAAAAAAACUAUUUUUCGUGAAGAACUCCAAAAAUAAAAUUCUCUUGGGAUAAAAAAAAAAAAAAAAAAAAAGGAAAAUGCCAGCUGAUAUAAUGGAGAAAAAUUCCUCGUCCCCGGUGGCUGCUACCCCAGCCAGUGUCAACACGACACCGGAUAAACCAAAGACAGCAUCUGAGCACAGAAAGUCAUCAAAGCCUAUCAUGGAGAAGAGACGAAGAGCAAGAAUAAAUGAAAGUCUGAGCCAGCUGAAAACACUGAUUUUGGAUGCCCUUAAGAAAGAUAGCUCGCGGCAUUCCAAGCUGGAGAAGGCGGACAUUCUGGAAAUGACAGUGAAGCACCUCCGGAACCUGCAGCGGGCGCAGAUGACGGCUGCGCUGAGCACAGACCCGAGCGUGCUGGGGAAGUACCGCGCCGGCUUCAGCGAGUGUAUGAACGAAGUGACCCGCUUCCUGUCCACGUGCGAGGGCGUUAAUACCGAGGUGCGCACUCGGCUGCUUGGCCACCUGGCCAACUGCAUGACCCAGAUCAAUGCCAUGACCUACCCUGGGCAGCCUCACCCCGCCUUGCAGGCGCCGCCGCCGCCCCCACCAGGACCGGGCGGUCCCCAGCACGCGCCAUUCGCGCCGCCACCGCCGCUCGUGCCCAUCCCCGGGGGCGCGGCGCCCCCUCCCGGCGGCGCACCCUGCAAGCUGGGCAGCCAGGCUGGAGAGGCGGCUAAGGUGUUUGGAGGCUUCCAGGUGGUACCGGCUCCCGAUGGCCAGUUUGCCUUCCUCAUUCCCAACGGGGCCUUCGCGCACAGCGGCCCUGUCAUCCCCGUCUACACCAGCAACAGCGGGACCUCCGUGGGCCCCAACGCAGUGUCGCCUUCCAGCGGCCCCUCGCUUACGGCGGACUCCAUGUGGAGGCCGUGGCGGAACUGAGGGGCUCCGGCCACCCCUCCUCCUCCCAAACUCCCCAACCCACCUCUCUUCCCUCUGGACUCUAAACAGGAGCUUGAAUACUGGGAGCAAAGAGGACUUUUUUCAUUAAGUGGUUACUUUGUGUAUUUUUAAUUUCUAAAAAGUUACUUUUCGUAGAGAGAGCCGUAUUAAGUGACUGACCAUGCACUAUAUUUGUAUAUAUUUUAUAUGUUCAUAUUGGAUUGCGCCUUUGUAUUAUAAAAGUACAGAUGACAUUUCGUUUUUUACACGAGAUUUCUUUUUUAUGUGAUGCCAAAGAUGUCUGAAAUGCUCUUAAAAUAUCUUCCUUUGGGGAAGUUUAUUUGAGAAAAUAUAAUAAAAGAAAAAUAAAGCUU